UUCAGGCGCUUCUCCAAGGCGGUGGUGCUCGGCGUCGUCUACGCGUCGGCGAUCGGCGGGCUGGCGACGCUCACGGGCACCGGCGCCAACAUCAUCCUCGUGGGGAUGUGGUCCACCUACUUCCCGGAGCAGGACCCCAUCACCUUCAGCUCAUGGAUGUCCUUCGGCCUCCCCAUGGCGCUCGUCCUCUUCGCCGCGCUCUGGGCCACGCUCUUCCUCAUGUACUGCUCCAACAACACCGGGAGGGCGCUCUCAGCUUACCUCGACCGGACCCACCUCAGGAGGGAGCUCAGCUUGCUCGGUCCUAUGGCUUUUGCAGAGAAGAUGGUUUUUGCCAUUUUCGGGGGUCUGAUUGUGCUCUGGAUGACGAGGAGCCUGACGGACGACAUCCCUGGGUGGUCAGUGCUCUUCCACGGCAAUGUUGGGGAUGGAACUGUCACUAUCAUGAUGGCGACGCUGCUCUUCAUAAUCCCGAGCGGCAAGAACGACGGCGAGAAGCUCAUGGACUGGGGCAAGUGCCGGAAGCUGCAGUGGAACAUCAUCCUCCUCCUCGGCGCCGGCUUCGCCAUCGCCGAUGGCUUCAAGACGAGUGGCCUCACGGACAUCCUCUCGGAGGGGCUGGGCUUCCUGCGGGGCGCGCCGGCGCUCGUCAUCGCGGCCGUCGCGUGCGUCUUCAGCGGCCUCAUCACGGAGUUCACCUCCGACGACGCCACCACCACGCUCGUGCUGCCGCUGCUCGCCGAGCUGGGCAAGACCAUCGGCGUGCACCCGCUGCUGCUCAUGGUGCCCGGCGCCGUCGGCGCGCAGCUCUCGUACCUGCUUCCUACCGGCUCACCGGGCAACGUAGUCGGGUUCAGCACCGGCUACAUCACCAUCAAGGAUAUGGUGGUCACCGGGAUGCCCCUGAAAAUCGUCGGCGUUGCUGCUCUCACUGUCCUACUGCCAACGCUAGGUUCUAUGGUUUUUGGCAUGGAUCAGAAGGUAUAGAAACGUACCGAAAAUUCAGUUGUACCUUUUAAGCAUUACGGUCUGUAGUCUGUAGGCUAGGAUGUAGUGGUAGAAUGUUGAGGUUGUACAGUGUAUAGUCAAUGUAGUUUCCUCAUGAAGAAUAUGAGGUCAUAUUCUUUUUUGUAUCUACGAAAUGGAUGAAUAUUUGUAUUGAGCAA